AUGGAGGAUAACGAAUUUAAAAUUAAUGGUGUUCCAAUAACUUUAUUAAAACCAAAACAAGUUGAAGCAGAAAUUAGAAAACGAGGAGGAAAAAUAUCUACAAAUUCAGUAAAGGAUAGUUGUGUUUCACAACUCAGAGAUAUUCUAAAAGAUGAACAAAAGCAAACUUCUUCAAGUAAAAAAAGAAUGAGCAAUGGAGAAUUAUCAAAUGUAAACAAAAAAGUUGCAAUUGGCGACCCUAAAGCAUUACAAUUGGAAAAAAAAAUUCUUAACGGAUUUAAUUUUUAUCCAAUAGUUGAAAGAUUAAAGUUUGAUGAACUUGGAUUUAGACUUGUUAAAGAAUAUACUAGAUUUAUUGUAAUAAAAAUUUUAACACAUGAUACAGAGUCAGUCAAAACUUUACCACCACCAUUAAUAGGAAGAAUUUGGAUAUCUCAUAUUUUGGAUACAAAUAGAUAUGAGGAAUUAUGUAACUUAAUUGAACUUAAAAUACAUCACAAUCCAGAUGGAUUUGAAGAAGUUCCACAACAAGUUAAAAGAGAAAGAUAUGAAAAAACUUUAGAAUUAUAUGAACAAUAUUUCACGAAAUCUUCAAAAGANCCUGAAAUUUGGGAGAGUGAUUAUUUAUUAUAUGAUGAGGAGGAUAAUGAUGACGAUGAUUAUGAUGAUGAUGAUGAUGAUGAGGAGGAAUUACAACAACAACAAGAGGAGGGAGAAGAAAAAGAAAAAGAAAAAUUAAAAGAAAAAGAAACAGAAAUAGAAAAAGAUAAAGAAAAAGAAAAAGAAAAAGAAAAAGAGAAAGAAAAAGAUAAAGAUAAAGAGAAAGAAAUUAGUAUUAAAAAUAAUAACGAUAAAAAACAAAAAGAAAUUGGAAAGGAAACAGAUAAAAAACUUAAUAGUGAUAUCGAAAAUAAAAAUAAUAGUAAUGGUAUUAAGCAAAUUUCAAAAGAAGAGACAACCACAACCACAACAACAACAACACCAUCAUCACCAGCAUUAACACCACAAAAAGUUUUAAUCACUCCUAAAUUUAAAAAUGCACCAGCUACUCCUUCAAACACUUCAAAUAAUCAACCUAAUUUAAAUGGUGAAUCAACAUCAACCACAGCAUCAGUUGCCUCUGAUAAUUCACCAAAUAAACAACCUACUAUUAAUACACCAUCGUCUUCAUCUUCUUCAAAACAUCAAAAACAACCACAAACACCAAAUACACCAUCAUCUGCAACUACUUCUACCACUCAGCAACAACAACCACAACAAUCACCACAACAACAACAACAAACUCCAUCUUCUUCCAAACCAGUAAGAAAUGGGGAACAUAAAAUAUCAAUUGGUUUUGUAUCUUUAAAAAGUCAAAAGAAGGAAAUUACUACCUUCCAUGGUGUUGGAUUAACUAAAUCAUUAUUUAAGGUAAUUAAAGCUUAUUCAAAAUUAAAAAAUGUUGAGAUUUCAUCAGUCAGGUUCUUAUAUAAUGGAAACCCAAUCUUAAACGAGACUCCAACUGAUCUCGGAAUGAAAGAUGGCGAUACAAUCACUGUUCAGGGACAACAAAAUCCACAACCACCACCACCACCACCAUCAUCAUCCUCUACUUUACCAACUCCAAUUAUUUAA